AUGCCUUCUCCAAAGGUAGACACGGAGUCUCCCCCAUCGGAGGAGCUCCAUACGGGCACUCGCACAUCCGCCAGCGACGCCAAUCUGGACAAGGCGGCGCGUGCUUCCACCGCUGCCCUCCUACGCAACCCGCUCGUUGGGUUGAGUCACGACGAGCUCAUCAAAGACGUCGACAGCUUUACGGAAAAGUUCGGCUUGAACGAGUACAAGGAAGACUUCCGCAAAGGCGCCUUAGUAGCUCGAGCCAGUAACCGACCCGACGGCUUCGAAAAUGUCACGCUACUCUCCGAGGAAGAAAAGGAGGUGCUUCGAAGGGAGAUCAAGCAUCGAUGGGAACAGCCAUUCAUGCUUUACUUCCUCUGCUCUCUAUGUGCCGGCUCGGCCAUUGUCCAGGGCAUGGACCAAACAGCCGUCAAUGGCGCUCAGGAAUACUAUUACGAAACUUUCAAUAUCGAAGAUCCCUUGAUGCAAGGCUUGAUCAACGGCGCUCCAUACUUGUGCAGUGCGCUUUUCGGAUGUUGGACAAGCCCGUACCUCAACAAAUGGUUUGGCCGGCGUGGUACUAUCUUCGUCUCAUGUUUCUUCUCCGUUGUGACGGGCUUCUGGAUGGCUGCCGCCGACUCCUGGUAUAACCUCUUCAUUGCUCGUCUCGGCUUGGGUCUAGCUGUGGGCGCCAAGAGUAGCACCACGCCCGUGUACAGCGCCGAAAGCACGCCCAAGACCAUCCGCGGCGCCUUGACUAUGAUGUGGCAGAUGUGGACAGGCAAGUCUAUUCCUGAGGCAGAAGAUACUCAUGAGAGCCCACGUUGGUACAUGGAAAAGGGCAAGUACGACAAGGCCUUCCGCUCGGUUCGACGACUCCGCAAGCAUACAAUCCAGGCAGCCAGGGACAUGUACUAUGCGCACAAGCUUCUCGAGGUUGAGACCCAAGCUCGGAGCGGUAGAAACUGGAAGGAUUUCUUUACCGUCCGCAGGAACAGACGCGCUGCUACAUUCUCGUAUUUUGUCAUGUUCAUGCAGCAGUUCUGCGGAAUCAAUGUCGUCAUGUACUACAGCACGGCCAUUUUCGAAGGAGGAGGGUUCUCGAGAUCUGAGGCCCUGCUCACAAGCAUGGGAAUGGGACUUAUCAACUGGCUGUUCGCACUUCCAGCGUUCUACACCAUUGACACAUUCGGUCGCCGAAACCUUUUGCUGGUUACGUUCCCUCUAAUGUCGCUGUCUCUGAUCUUCACUGCCUUCAGCUUCUACAUCCCCGAGGGCAGUACUGCGAGACUCGCCUGCAUCGCGACAGGUAUCUACAUCUUCGCGGCCGUCUACUCUCCCGGAGCCGGCCCUGUACCCUUCACGUACUGCGCCGAGGCGUUCCCUCUGCACAUCCGCGACAUUGGCAUGAGCAGCGCCACGGCCGUGACGUGGGGCUUCAACUUCAUCAUCAGCUUCUCGUGGCCAUCCAUGUCCAAUGCCUUCACCCCGACCGGCGCCUUUAUGUGGUACGCCUGCUGGAACAUAUUCGGCUUUGUCGUCGCCUACUUCUUCCUCCCCGAGACGAAGAACUUGACGCUCGAGGAGCUCGACAGCGUGUUUUCGGUCCGCAACCGCGAUCAUGCCAAGUAUUACAUGUCCAAGGCGCCUUGGUAUAUGAACAAGUACUUAUUCCGCCGGGAUGUGCCGCCUUUCCCUGCCCUAUACGAGGUUGACGAUCACCACGACCACUAUGAUGGGCAACACAAGGCGGACGUUCAGCACAACGAGAGUGGACUGGUUUCCGGCAACACCGGUGAGAAGGAAACGGGCUUCGCUAGGUAA